AUUCAAGAGUGCAGAGACAAUUCAUAGUUCCAGUGAAGACGAGCCUGAUAGUCAGCCAAGAGCACCUGCUCCAGCUGCUAAGACACAGAUGUCACCCCAUAUGGACACUGCAUCUGAUACACAGCCUGAAUCAACAAAUGUUGCGCCUGCAGCGGAUAUACAUCCAUCCACGGAUAAUGUAGAGUCGCUGGCACUGGCACAACCAGUCACUAAUGGUCUUACUGUCCUGUCAAAUGCUGCUGAUUCCCAGCCCACCAAUAGUGGCUUCGGUUUUCCACAGACACAUCAAUUGUUCAACUCCUGGAUGCCUGGAAAGGGAUGGAUAUUAACUCCUCGACCAGAUGUUUGAUGCCUUUAUUAACCCAUACACCCCAC